UUUUGUUUAUUGUUUUGUUGCGACUGCGAGUAGUUGUUCGGAUUUUCUAAAAUAUUUUAGUAAAUUUAUUAUAAUAACUUUAUCCGUCGAAGAACCAUUAGAAAAAUAUCGCGUAAAGUUGUUCAUUUGUGCAAAGCAAUGAAGGCACCGGAAAACAUCUCCAGUAGUGAUAGCAGCAGUAAGUGUAUAGUGCCAACAUGUGGAAACAGUUUUCGCUUGCAGUCGUCUUCAUACACCGGUCACAGCUUCCCAAGAGACGUGACCAUCCGCUCGGAAUGGAUGUCGGCUCUAAGAUCCACGGAAAGCAGUAUCUUGGAGCGGGACAUCAAUUUGGAUUCGGCUCAAAUAUGCUCCGACCAUUUUACGCCGGAAUGUUUCCAGCAAACGGAAGGACAAAGGAAUCUCCUGGAAUCGGCGAUACCAACACUGUUCGGGUCCGCGGACGAUGGAAAACGGAACGAUCCUCAAGACCAGCAAAGCCCCACGAUGGACAAAGGUAAACAUUGUCCAAUUAAGGCCCAAGAGCAGAUGCGAAAGCUGAUAGCGGAUGUGCUGAAGUGCACCGAUGGUAUGGAUUAUCCAGAUAACGUAAAGUCAACCUCCACCAUGUUUCGGUUGAAGAGAUUUCCGCACGUUUGCCGGUUGUGCCUCAAGCCGAAAAAAUCCCGCCAGGUGCUGAUUCCUACCGAUGCGACGGACUACGAGUUCGAUGGAGACAGCAUUGACGAGUUUCUUUUUGACAUUCUGCCGCCGGGGGCCACUCUGGACAAGGACAAGCAACACCUCCUGCCAACUGAUGUUUGUAAGCCCUGCUACGAACUGUUGAAGUUUUUCGCUAGGUAUCGCUCCAAGAUUGCAACCGUCCACCGGCUCAUGAAUGCGUUGGUCGAACUGAAGCACUUCAAUACCCGGCCGAUUGUGGAGCUGUUUAACAGCAAGACCAACAGUGUCCGAAGGGUCAUCAAGGAUCUGGGUUUGUGUCGGUUGAAUAGCUAUACUGUGGACGAUCUGAUAGACGAGUUUCCACUCUACGAUCUGGCAACGUUUGAGGGAUUUGUCAUCAAACAGGAGAAUGAGGAGGAGGCGGAAGAGGUUCCAGACCAAGUGGAGGUGAUUUGCGAAGAAGUGAAGGUGGAACUGAACGAUUUCCCGAUAGAUUUGGGAGCGAUCUACGCCGAGGAAUGUACCGCUGAAGAGGUGAAGGAACUGACCGUGGAUAAUGUGGAUGUAAUGAUGGUGGAACCGAAAGCUGUCGAGAAAAAAUCAGCGGUCAAAAAGAAAAGACAACGCCCUGUCCAAAAGGUUGAUGAUGGUCAACCGAAGAAAGUAAGGAAGUUGUAUGGAGGCAGAAAGGGUAAAGAACUUAAGCAAUGUGAGAAGUGUGACUACCACACUUAUUACGCCAAAAGCUUCCGUUCGCAUCAAAUGACGCACGAAAGAAAAGAAAACCGAGUGUAUCGCUGUAAGCAUCCGAACUGCACGGAAGAGUUCAAAACAUCGGCGGAAUCCUAUCGGCACUCGACGGUAAAGCACAAAUCCCAUAUCUGCGAAACAUGUGGUCAGGCAUGUUCCACCAAGUAUGCCUUGGCCUCGCACAUGGAACGACAUCUAAAGCUGUACGAGUACGCUUGUACGUACUGUGAGAAGAAAAAGAUCACCAAAAGGGAUCUGGACUUCCACAUCCGGAGGAGGCACUUGAACGCCGUGCAGUAUCAUUGCAAAACGUGCGGGCUGGUUUUCAUCCGCAAGACAUCGCUAGAUGAGCACGAGCGAACGCAUGGCGAUACCUACGACUUCCAUUGCACGCAAUGUGACAAAAAAUUCAAACGCCAGAAAGCUCUCACCCGCCAUAUCCGGCUGGUGCACGAAAACUUUCGCGUUACAUGUCCCCACUGUGAUAAUACUUUCUCGUCGGCGUACGAUCUGAACAAUCACAUUGAGUGCGCUCACGGAAUUCAAACGCGGUUCGUGUGCGACAUUUGCGUGCUGACGCUGCUCAGCCAGGAAAAGCUGGACCUGCACCGGGCUCAGCACUUGCGACCACAUGAACUGCAGUGCGGUACGUGUUUGUCGGUUUGCAUGGAUCAGCAACAGAUGGCCGAUCAUCUGUGCAUAACUUACAGGAAACGAAGUGAUCUCCAAGACCAUCAAAGCUCUACGACGGACAAAGCUAAGCUUUGCCCAAUAAAGGCCCAAGAGCAGAUGCGAAAGCUGAUAGAGGACGUGCUGAAGUGCACGGACGGUACGGAUCAUCCAGAUAACGCAAAGUCAACCUCCACCCUGUUUCGGUUGAAGCGCUUUCCACACGUUUGCCGGUUGUGCCUCAUGCCAAAAAAAUACCGCCAGGUACUGAUUCCUACCGACGCGACCGACCAGGAGUUCGAUGGAGACAGCAUUGAGGAGUUUCUCUUCGACAUUCUGCCACCGGGGGCCACUUUGGACAAGGACAAGCAACACCUCCUGCCGAAUGGUAUUUGUAAGCCCUGCUACGAACUGUUGAAGUUCUUUGCCCGGUAUCGCUCCAAGAUUGCAACCGUUCACCGGCUCAUGAAUGCGUUGAUCGAACUGAAGCACUUCAAUUCCCGGCCGAUUGUGGAGCUGUUUAACAGCAAGGCCGACACUUUGCGAACGGUCAUCAAGGAUCUGGGUUUGUGUCGCUUGAAUAGCUAUACUGUGGACGAUCUGAUAGACGAGUUUCCACUCUACGAUCUGGCAACGUUUGAGGGUUUUGUCAUCAAACAGGACGAGGAGGAGGCGGAAGAGGUUCCAGACCAAGUGGAGGUGGUUUGCGAAGAAGUGAAGAUAGAACUAAACGAUUUUCCGGUGGAUUUGGGAGCGAUCUACGCCGAGGAAUGUACGGCUGAAGAGGUAAAGGAACUGACCAUAGAUAAUGUGGAUGUAAUGAUGGUGGAACCGAAAACUGUCGAGAAAAAACCAGUGGCCAAAAAGAAAAGACAACGCCUUGUCCAAAAGGUUGAUAACGGUGAACCGAAGAAAGUAAGGAAGUUGUAUGGAGGUGGGAAGAGUAAAGAACUUGAGCAAUGUGAGAAGUGCGACUACCACACUUAUUACGCCAAAAGAUUACGUUCGCAUCAAAUGACGCAUGAUACAAAAGAAAACCGAGUGUACCGCUGUAAGUAUCCGAAUUGCACGGAAGAGUUCAAAACAUCGAAGGAAUCCUACCGACACUCAUUGAUAAAGCACAAAUCCCAUAUCUGCGAAUCCUGUGGUCAGGCAUGUUCCACCAAGUAUGCCUUGGCCACGCACAUGGAACGACAUCUAAAGCUAUACGAGUACGCUUGUACGUACUGUGAGAAGAAAAAGACCACCAAAAGGGAUCUGGACUUCCACAUCCGGAGGAAGCACUUGAACGCCGUGCAGUAUCAUUGCAAAACGUGCGGGCUGGUUUUCAUCCGCAAGACAUCGCUAGAUGAGCACGAGCGAACGCAUGGCGAUACCUACGACUUCCAUUGCACGCAAUGUGACAAAAAAUUCAAACGCCAGAAAGCUCUCACCCGCCAUAUCCGGCUGGUGCACGAAAACUUUCGCGUUACAUGUCCCCACUGUGAUAAUACUUUCUCGUCGGCGUACGAUCUGAACAAUCACAUUGAGUGCGCUCACGGAAUUCAAACGCGGUUCGUGUGCGACAUUUGCGUGCUGACGCUGCUCAGCCAGGAAAAGCUGGACCUGCACCGGGCUCAGCACUUGCGACCACAUGAACUGCAGUGCGGUACGUGUUUGUCGGUUUGCAUGGAUCAGCAACAGAUGGCCGAUCAUCUGUGCAUAACUUAUAGAGACGACUACUUCUGCUGUGGUCGAGACCAUCGGUACCACUACAUGUACAACAAGCACAUGCUGGUGAAGCAUGGCAUCAAGACGAACGCGCGGGUCAAGCCCGUUCCUGGCGAACUAAUGGGACGGAUGCGAGCGCAAAGGAAACGUGUCGAAACGUGCCCCAAGUGUGAGCAAGUGUUUGCCACCAGGACGCUGAAGAAGCAGCACAUGGACAUCUGCACCGGUGGUGCAGACGAUACGGAGCGUCAACGAACAACAGGAGACAAUGAUGCAGUUUGAGACAAGCUAGGGAAUAAAAUGUUAUCGUAUGUCCAAUGCUGAGGUUCCUUUACUUCAUCAACAUCAUGAGUAACAGUAAUGAGCAUGGUCCGUGAUUGACCAUAGAACUAGCGCGGAGUUGCACAGAGAACCAAUAGAUGGGGCUCUUCAAUGAACACGUUCCGAGAGGUCCAACUUAUCGGAUCAAUAUCGAUGUCCCCUUAUACGGUAUACGGUUAACCGGGAAAGGUCUCACAAUAUGGAAGAAUGGUGAAACCUUGAAAAUUCUCAGUAGGAAUACAAAGAAUGCCUCCAGAAACGAAAGAGAUCUUGCGUCAUCUUAAAAUUAGAAGGGCCGGUGCAUCAACACACAAUGUUUCUUGCUUUUGAUACCAUGGACUCGAUACAUCAGCACCAACAAUGACGGAUCGCAUCCAACUAAGGGAAAAGAUACCUAUACAUAAACAUAUAUUAGCCCAUAUAUGAAUAAAGCUGAGUAAAUACUCUUUACUCAGAUCUCUGUGAAGAUUCACAGAGAUUUGCUCCACGGCUUCACAUAGAUUUAGUAAAGAGUAUUUACUCAACUUUAUUCAUAUGGCCUAUUUGUAACAGAAUACUGUGGCAGUCUAAGGUGCAAGACUGGCGAACUGCACAAAAAUAUCAGUGAAUAAAAAAACAUGGAUACUGAUCAUUUGAGUCGGCACUUGAAGUGUACAAAAUUUGUAAUCUUGUCACCUGCCUGUUGUAGUGGCAGAUGUUUAAAUGCUGCUUUCGGAUAAUCUGACGAUACCCUCAGGCUGGGUACUCAAUGGAGUAUCUAUGUGAGUUCUAAGUUUAAGAGAUCUGAUGUAAUCUGAAGAAAAGAAUAAAUGAGUAUG